GGAAAGGAUAAAGCUGCGCGAGGCGGAAUUGGAGUCUGCUUCAAGUUGCAGAUAGAAGGCGGAUUAUAAGAGAGUUGAACUGGUUUGUACUUCCCGCAUGGUACUAAAAGGGAAGGCUAUGCAAAAAAGUGUUCAAUAUCCUCAGACACUUGGAAAGAGAGCGGUGUGGCAGUAGAUACUCUGCAAUUGCAUAAACUUCAUAUCUAGUCCUGUAUACAGAAGUGGAGACUGGUGCUCGUCCGAGUUAUAUUUGAACCCGUUAUGUAACAUUCUGGGACAAAAAGCUUUAGAAACUGGACUCGGCUUCAGCAGAGAGAAAUCUGAACUGCAGAUUUUUUUGGGGGGGAAGACGAUUCUCUGACAAACAGCCGGACAGCCACAGAACUGACUGGAACGCUGUUGCUUUUCUCCCCGUAGUUUAUGACGCAAACGAAGGACAUAACAAAAAUAAAGAGUGAACCUCAGAAACUUUUUAAUGAUAAUUAUUAGCCGGGUUUGCUUAACUGUCAAACUGAACAAACCCUGGACCCUGUCACUUAAAGCAAUAGUUUACUGAACAAGUGUAUAUCUAUAUAUAUAUAUAUAUAGAUAUAUAUAUAUAUUUAAAAAAAAAAAUACAAAAUCAACUAUGGUACAGCAAACGAACAACGCCGAGAACACGGAAGCGGUCCUUGCAGGGGAGUCUACUGACUCGGGAGCAAUGGAUCUGGGCAUGGCGUCCUCUCCGACUCCAGGAUCUGCAGGGGAUAAAUUGGACCCGGCUUGGUGCAAAACCCCCAGCGGCCACAUCAAGAGACCCAUGAACGCCUUCAUGGUGUGGUCCCAGAUCGAGAGGAGAAAGAUCAUGGAGCAGUCGCCAGACAUGCAUAACGCUGAGAUCUCAAAGAGACUGGGCAAACGCUGGAAGCUGCUUAAAGACAAUGACAAGAUCCCCUUCAUUCGGGAGGCGGAGCGGCUCCGACUCAAGCACAUGGCAGACUAUCCAGAUUACAAGUACCGGCCAAGAAAGAAGGUAAAGUCAAGCAGCUCCAAGCCUCUGGAAAAAGGGGAGAAGAUUGGCAGCACAAGCUGCAACAGUACUAACACUAAAUCCUCUUUGAAAAAGAGCAGCGGCACUAAAUCAUCCAACAAACAGCACAAGAUACUGGGCAAGUCCGCAUUCCCUGAGCAUGUCUCUCACGCAGUCACUACAGAUCACCAUUCCUUUUACAAAUCCAGGUCAGUGUCUGCAGCCAAGCACAUCCCAGAAAAGAAAAUGAAGAGGGUUUACAUCUUUGGGGGCAAUAACCACGGAAUCAGCCCCACUUCUGUGUCGGUCCCGGCCAGCCCGACCCUCAGCAGCUCCACGGAAUCCAGUGACCCGCUGAGCCUCUAUGAAGACGGUGCUGGGGGGAACAGCGAAGAGGGACAUUCCCCUAAUUCUCUCUCAGACCACCACAGGUACACCAAUAUGCGAGCAUCCUCACCGACUCCUUCAGGGUCCCAUUCCUCCGCUUCCUCGCACUCCUCUUCCUCUGAUGAAGAGUUUGAAGACGACUUGCUGGACCUGAACCCAAGUCCCGGUUUCGACAGCAUGUCGCUGGGUAGUUUUGGCUCCUCGGUUUUGGACAGGGAUCUGGAUUUUAACUUUGAGUCAGGGUCAGGAUCUCAUUUUGAGUUCCCAGAUUACUGUACACCCGAGGUGAGCGAAAUGAUUUCGGGGGACUGGCUGGAGUCGACUAUUUCCAACUUGGUUUUCACGUAUUGAGCGACUAAAUACAUCUGACUUUUUUUGCUCUGAAUAAAAAAAAAAGGGAUUGUGAACCCUCCCCCCACCAAAACCAAGGUGAGUCCGAACCUUGCAGGGACGACCCAGCAUUAAGAAAGAAAGCGAUCUAAACUCACUGCGAGUUUAUUUCAAGAUAUUGAAUACUGAAAGGGGAUCAGCUGCAAAAUGCUGAAAAAACAGCCCUAAUCAGACUUUGGCAAGAGAAGAGAGGAAGAAUGUGCGACCUGAUUAGGAGAGACUGAGAUCCUAUUGAAAUAAACACUCAGUCUGAACUGGAAAACUGUCAUUGAUUUGCACGUUAAGAAGGCGGGUUUAUGUCGGCUUUUUUAAUCAAUGUUACUUAGAGGACAUUUAAGAAAGAACUUUAAUAUCGUCAAGUACAUUUUCAUUACUAAAGUGGUACAGAAAAAAUGCUGAUUUGACCAGGAAAGAGUUUUUUUUUUCUUUUUUUUUUCUUUCCCUAGACCAGUUUGGUGAUGGUGUUGGAAUGUUUCACAGGUGGGUUUAAAAAAAAAAAAAAAAAAAAAAAAAAAAAAAGCAUGUUAUCCUAUCUAGAUAUCUUUUCUGAGAUUUCUGAGACUGUUGAGCAGUUAACUAUAGUAUUAGGAUUAUUUAAAGCAGAUAGAUGGCGCUAUGUUUGAGUCCUACAAAAAUCACCAGCUCUUUUUUUCAUUCUUAACUCUUUAGGAUUCAAACGCAACUCAAAUAUGUGCUGGACUUUAUACUUACUGUGUACAAUUCAGGACCAAAUUUCCUCAGAAUACGUGUUUCUCAGAUUUAAGUGAUGAGAACGUUUGUUUUUCUUACCGAUGUUUCAUCCCCGUGUUAUUUUUCCCUUGUAAAUGUAAUCCGAUGCCAUUUUAUAUGCGGAUGUAUUUAUACUGGCCAAACUUUUUGACUGUUUUUUUUAUUCGUUGUUUUUGUUUAGUAGGUCUUGUUGUGUAUACCUGCACCGUUUGUCUCCUUCACUGAAGGGCUAGAGUUUUAACUUUUAAUUUUUUAUAUUUAAAUGUAGACUUUUGACACUUUUUAAAAGAAGAGAGAUGAAAACGUUUGAUUAUUUUCUCAGUGUAUUUUUGUACAAAAUAUAUAGGGGGGUUUCAAUCGGUGUGUAUCGCUGUUUUGGAUUUCCUAAUUAAGAACAAGGAGGUUGGUCUUACCCAUGUUUACACACAAUUCAGCAGGCUCCUUAAAGAGACAUUAUCUUAUUUUUAAGAUACUGUAAUUAAGUUCUCCCUUUUAGUAAAACAAAAAAAGUAUUUUCAACUGCAGUUUCUACGUUUUAAUACCGUGGGUAUCUGAUGAAAAGGAGAUAAUUUAGCUUUAUUCAACUUACCAUUUCUUGGCGCUUUUAUUCUAGUAAAAGCGCUGUUUUAACCACUGGAUAUAUGAAAAUGCCGAUUUGAGUUCGCGACACUACUGCGUUUCUCAUUCUUGUAUUUGAAUAUUUAAUCCUUUCUACUUGUUGGCUAAAUAUAAUUGUUUUAGUAUCUUAUGGCAUGGUGAAUAGCAUUUGUAUUUCCGAUUCAGGUUUAUAGCUGUUGUGUUUAAAAAUAAAAAAGGAAAAAAGAAAAGUGAAAACAACGUUGUACAUUUUAAGUCUGUAUUAUAGCCUAAGCAAAGGAAGAUUGUGUGUUUAUGUAUGUUACAAGACAGCUAUCUUUAGACACCCUUACGUUUUAAAGUGCUUGUUCAAUUGAUUUUUUAAAAAUAUAAAUAUAUAUUUUAACUUUAUUUUAAUUCAUUCUGUGCAAUAUGCUGUGUAGAAUAUUGUUUUGUCUCAUGAUCAUGCCACAACACAACGUUAAGAAUAAAUAAAAAAAAUAAAAAAAAAUAAAAAUCAUGCCAGCUAAUUGUGUCAAGUCCACUGCCUGUCAGAUUGUUGAAAUACUUCUGUAAAUAACUUUUUUUUUUCAAGAAGGAAAUAAACUCAGCUGGAACUGAA